UCGCAAUCCAUCUAUGGUUUGAAAUUCCAAAAACCCUAUAUAAAACCCGCAGCCCCUUCCAAAAUUUUUCAGUCACCUCUUCUGAUCGAUCAGCAACAAACACCCUCCUACCCCGUCACAAUGAAGAAGCUUCUACUCUUCCUCAUGCUCUGCUCCUCGCUCUCAUUGGCCAUCAACGGCCAGAAAUCCGCCGCCGCCACCCCUGCUGCCUCGUCGCAGCCGGCGGCCCCGUCGCCCCCCGCGGCCUCAUGGCCACACUUCCCCUGGUUCCACCUGCCGCCCUUCUUGCGCCCCAACUCUCCACCGUCCCAGACGCCGGGCGCCCCGGCCCCGGCCCACUCCUGGCCCAGUUUCCCAUGGUUCCACUUCCCACCGUUCUUCAGCCCCCCGUCGACUCCGUCUCCCCCGGCCCAGACCGGGUCCAACGGGCCGCCGAGUAGCCCCCCGGCCGCCCCUCACUUCCCCUGGUUUCACUGGCCCUUUUUGAACCCCCAGACUCCCCCGGCCCCAUCCGGCUCCGGUUCUCCGCCGGCGGCCCCCAGCUUCCCGUGGUUCCACUGGCCGUUCCUGCACCCACCAGCGACGCCAGCAACGCCCGCAACGCCUGCAAAGCCGUCUCCGCCAGCCCAGACCGGGUCCAACGGGCCGCCGAGCAGCCCCCCGGCCGCCCCUCACUUUCCCUGGUUCCACUGGCCGUUUUUGAACCCACAGACUCCCCCAGCCCCAUCUGGUUCCGGUUCUCGGCCGGCGGCCCCCAGCUUCCCUUGGUUCCACUGGCCGUUCCAGCAUCCACCAGCGACACCAGCGACUCCCGCAACGCCUGUGAAGCCGUCUCCACCGGCCCAGACGGGAGGGUCAGGUUCGACUCCGGCACACCCGGGCUUGCCGCUCUUGGACCCAAAGGUGCAGAAGUGCUGGGCCACGUGUCAGGCCGUGGAGGGGUGCAUGCACCAGAUCUUCUCGUCGUUCUGGACCCGCAACGUGGCGGUGGGGCCGGCCUGCUGCAAGGCGAUCCAGGAGGUAGACGACGACUGCAUCAGCGCCAUGUUCGGCCACUUAAACAAUCCCUUCUUUGGGCCAUCGAUCAAAGAGUUCUGCUCCAGCCCAUCUGCUUCCUCCUCACCAUCCCCCCCUGCUCAUGCUUAAAUAUUUUAUUUCUUUUUCUCAGAUUUAGAUUUUUUUUUGGCGUUUUUGAAAUAUGGGAGAGAGGGAGUAGGAGAAAUAAGUUUUUUUUUUUUUUUUUUUGAGUAGGGCAAUGGGGUUAGGUGAGUACAUAUGAGUAUGCUUUUACGAGUACAUAGUAAAUUUUCUGUUAGUUUUUUC